CUUCUUAACUUUUCAAAUACAAGAUAAACCCUAAAAAAAAAAAAACACAACACCCCAAAAAUGGUGGCGAAAACAUAAAAAAACCGAAGCGGGAAAUUCAAAUUCACAAUCUCUCUCUUCCCGCUCUCUCCUCUUUCACCAACAAUCCAAUUUCAGUAUAAAUAAAGAACACUUUUUUGUCUCAUACAUCACAGAAACAGAGAAAAAGAAGAAGAAAAAACAAGAAGCGAAAAUGAAGGAUUCGAAUUCAAAGAAAGAGGGUUCAGUUUCAAAAUCAAUGACUGUGGAAGACCGAUACAGUCAAUGGAAGUCUCUCGUCCCCGUCCUCUACGACUGGCUUGCGAAUCACAAUCUCGUUUGGCCGUCGCAAUCUUGCCGUUGGGGUUCUCUGAUCGAUCGUGCGACGUACAAGAAUCGCCACCGUUUGUAUCUGUCGGAGCAAACCGACGGCACUGUUCCGAAUACCCUGGUGAUCGCUAAUUGUGAAAUUGUGAAACCUAGGGUUGCUGCUGCGGAACAUAUCUCGCAGUUUAACGAAGAGGCGCGGUCUCCGUUUGUUAAGAAGCAUAAGACUAUUCUUCAUCCUGGCGAGGUUAAUAGAAUUAGGGAGUUUCCGCUGGAUAUGAACAUUAUUGCGACUCAUACCGAUAGUCCUCAUGUGCUGAUUUGGAACGUUGAGUCUCAACCUAAUCGGAAUGCUGUUUUGGGGGCUCCCACUUCUGUCCCAGACUUGGUAUUAACUGGGCAUAAAGAUAAUGCUGAAUUUGCACUGGCUAUGUGUUCAACUGAGCCCUUUGUUCUUUCUGGAGGUAGGGACAAACAUGUGGUGUUAUGGAGUAUUCAUGAUCACAUUGCAUCUUUGGCUACAGAAGCAGGGCCUGAUGCUAAACAGGGCUCUAAUGUUGGGGGAAGUGGUGAGAAAACUGCAGAAAGCCCAUCUGUCGGACCAAGGGGCAUCUACCGUGGUCAUAAAGACACUGUUGAAGAUGUGCAAUUUUGCCCGACAAGUGCACAAGAGUUCUGUAGUGUAGGUGAUGAUUCUUGUCUCAUACUUUGGGAUGCUCGUGUCGGAACUACUCCAGCUGUUAAGGUUGAGAAGGCACAUGAUGGAGAUGUGCACUGUGUUGAUUGGAAUACUCAUGACAUAAAUUUAAUUUUGACUGGUUCUGCUGACAAUUCAGUUCGCAUGUUUGAUCGCCGGAAGCUAAGUGGUCAUGGGGUUGGGUCUCCUAUUUUUAAAUUUGAAGGCCAUGAUGCACCAGUCCUCUGUGUACAGUGGUGUCCUGCUAAGUCAUCUGUAUUUGGAAGUGGUGCUGAAGAUGGCAUCAUUAACAUCUGGGACCACGACAAGGUUGGGAAAACAUUGGGUUCUACUGAUCCAACAGUAUCACAGGCUUCCCCUGGUUUGUUCUUUCGUCAUGCAGGACAUAGGGAUAAGGUUGUUGACUUUCAUUGGAAUGCUGCUGAUCCAUGGACAAUUGUCAGUGUCUCUGAUGACUGUGCUAGCACUGGUGGAGGUGGCACCCUACAGAUUUGGCGGAUGAUGGAUCUAAUUUACCGACCAGAGGAGGAAGUGAUGGCCGAGCUGGAUUCGUUCAAAACUCAUAUCUUAGGAUGUGGCACUGAAAAUCUGAACAAAUAAGUUACAUGUUUCAGUUGUUAGAAUGUUGUAGUAGGUGGAGUGUUAUUUAAUAAGUAUAUAUUACAAUGGACAACAAAUUAGAAUGUACUACAACUUAGUCGGUUCCAAACUUAAUUUGAGGAAACUAUAUUUGAAUCUUUUGAUUGUUUGUUCUUUGAUUUUUU